CACGUCUGGUUGACUGGAGUGUGACGUCAUCUGGGUGCGACAGGACGCAGCAGUGUUGCUCGUGAAUUGGAAACUCCACAUUUUCGCUCUUUUUUAAAGUUUUCCUGACUGCUUUGCGACUAUGGCAGCAGAGGUUGCAGAGAAGACGGGCGAGGAUGUUCCUGCACCUGGGACAGGGGGCACCAGGUUUGACCUGGAGAAGGAGACAGAGCUUCGCUUUGAGGUGGAGGCCGGUGAACGUGUUCAGCUGGAGCUCCUCACAGGAAUGGCUGAGGUCUUUGGUUCUGAACUGAACCGAAACAAAAGAUACACAUUUGGUCCGGGCUCCAAGAUCGCGGUGUUUACUUGGCAGGGCUGCAGUGUGUCCCUUUAUGGGAAGACAGAGGUAGCCUAUGUAUCCAAGGACACUCCUAUGCUACUCUACCUCAACACACACGCAGCACUGGAACAGAUGAGAAGGCAGGCAGAGAAAGACAUUGAGAGGGGACCAAGGGUAAUGGUGGUGGGGCCUAUGGAUGUGGGGAAGUCGACAGUAUGCCGGCUGCUUCUGAGCUACGCUGUGAGGUUAGGCAGAAGGCCUACUCUGGUUGAGCUGGACGUAGGACAGAGUGGGGUGUCUGUCCCAGGGACAGUGUCAGCACUCUGUAUUGAGCGUCCAGCAGAUGUGGAGGAGGGUUUCUCAGUCCAAGCUCCUCUGGUCUACCACUUUGGCUCCACCACCCCCGGGACCAACAUCAAACUUUACAAUAAGCUGACGUCAUGCCUUGCUGAGGUUUUCUCGCAGCGCUGUGAGGUGAACCGCAAGGCCAGCGUGGGAGGCUGCAUCAUCAACACUUGUGGCUGGGUGAAGGGCUCCGGAUAUCAGGCUCUGGUCCACUGUGCCUCAGCCUUUGAGGUGGACGUGGUAUUGGUGCUAGACCAGGAGAGACUUUACAAUGAGCUCAAGCGAGACCUACCUCACUUUGUACGGGUGGUCCUCCUGCCCAAGUCCGGUGGGGUGGUGGAGCGCUCCAAGGAGUGCCGGCGCGAGGCCAGGGACGAGAAGAUCCGCGAAUACUUCUACGGUUUCCGCGGGGUGUCCUUCUACCCGCACGCCUUUGAUGUGCGUUUCUCAGACGUCCGCAUCUAUAAGAUUGGGGCACCGUCCAUCCCGGACUCGUGCCUGCCACUGGGCAUGUCUCAGGAUGACACGCAGCUGAAGCUGGUGCCCGUGACCCCAGGUCGGGACCUCACGCAUCACGUGCUGAGUGUGAGCUGUGCCGAGGAAGGAGAAGAGGGGUCUAGAAGAGGCGUGGUGGAGAGCCCCGUAUGCGGAUUCAUUGUGGUGACGGCUGUGGACACACAAGCACAGGUGAUGACCGUGCUGUCGCCAGCGCCCAGACCGCUGCCCAGAUACACGCUACUCAUCAUGGACAUUCGUUUUAUCGACCUGAAGUGAAGUACCACUUUGGGUGGGUGGGUAAUGUAAUUAAGUGUUCUGUUGAAAAGAUUUUAUAUUUUGGCAAUGUUUUGGUUCCUGUAUGCAAGACCAUUGGAGGAGGAUGCUGGAUGCUAGCGGGCAAGAGUUUAAAAAUCCAAAUUUCGGUGUUGUGGACUUUAUUCAGAAAGAAAAUGGUUAUGAAUUCGUUUUAAUGAACUAUAAUUUAAAGUUUUGUAGGCAAUGUGUCCAGAGAUAUUUUAACAGCGUAGUGAUAUUUUUCAUGAUAUUGUCUUUUUUCCCCAAGUCCAUUUUGUCUGUAAGUAAUAAAACA